UGGGUGUCACGAUGUACCAGUAUUGGCGAUAACAGUGAUAUUUAAAACACUUAAUGUUGGAAUCAUGCUAAUAAUACACAUAUGAUAAUAUCGUAAAUAAUCGACAUGUCAUGAUUUGGACGGCGCUGCCGAGUUUGGUGCCUUUAUUUUCCUGAUGUAUUUCCGGUUUCUGCCAGUUCACCUGCCCCAGCUUUACCACCGAUUAAUCAGCGUUCAUUGUAUACACCUGUACCUCGUUAUCUCCGGUCUCCAGCCCAUAGGGUCUCCAUAUACUCCUUCCUUCGCUUCAGUUAAUCAUUUGUUCGUUAUAUGUCCUGAGGUUACUUCACGCAAUUCCUUGUUCCAGUCACGCAUAUAUUCGGUCCUGUUUUGUUUCUCGAUUCCGCGGUGCCAGCCAGCCUAUCCGUUUAAGGACGGAGUGAGUAAGUCCCCGGCUCUACCUUUCUCUGUUCGCCUGCUGCAGUAGUACACUACACUGCUCUCCUGCACGCUUACCGCACCCGCUGGUCCUCGGGUUACCUGCCAUCUCACCUGCCUGUCCUGGUUCCUCGCCCUCGCCCCCGUCCUCCUGGUUCCAGUUGUCCUUCUGUCUUCGCAUCUGUCCCUUGUGGUCUCCUGGCUCUGUGCCCCAGCGCUUAAGGUCCCUCAACCUGGUCUUCUGUUCCUCCUGGUCCUUACCCGCUCCCCUUUCAGUCCGGUGUCGGCUCUCCAACCACCCUGACCUGCUAGCUUGAGUUUGCCAUUGCCUUGGCCAAUGAACUCCUUUUUGUUAUUACUCCUUCUGUCCACGGUAUCUCCAUAUUGGGUCCAAGUCUUCCACACAACAGCGAGUAACCAUCUGGUUGUUCCCUGCUCCCUCAGAUAGACUCUGAUGAUGUCAUCACACGAGAUGAGCAAAUCUACAUUCUGAUUGGUGCUCACACCAGAUGUGAAAGGAACAUCCAGACACAAAUGGCUCUGGUUAAAGAUGGUGACUGUAUCCCAGAGUGGGAUGGGAUCAUCUGCUGGCCACGGAGCAGAGCAAGUCAGCUGGUUGCCGUGCUGUGUCCAAAGUACAUCUACGACUUCAAUCACAGAGGGCGAGCCUACCGUCAGUGUGAUGCAUCAGGGAACUGGGAGCAGGUGCCCAGUAUCAACCGCACAUGGGCUAACUACACUGAGUGUACCUCAUACUUGACCUCCAACUAUAAGGGGCAAGAAGAGGUGUUUGAGAGACUUCAUCUCAUGUACACUGUGGGCUACUCCAUAUCUCUAGCAUCACUGUUAGUGGCAGUCGCCAUCCUCUGCUAUUUCAAGCGUCUUCACUGCACACGCAAUUACAUCCACAUUCACCUUUUCACCUCCUUCAUAUGUCGAGCUGUCAGCAUUUUUGUGAAGGACGCUGUGCUGUACUCCAUAUCUGAUGACGAGGCUGAGCCUGAGUUCACUGCACAAAAGCCCCAUAUGGCUGGCUGUAAACUUGCUGUUACUCUCUUCCUUUAUUUCCUGGCAACCAAUCACUACUGGAUUCUAGUGGAGGGGUUGUACCUACAUAGUCUCAUCUUCAUGGCCUUCUUCUCUGACAAGAACUACUUAUGGGCCCUCAUCAUCAUUGGGUGGGGUGUUCCAGUUGUGUUUGUGUCCAUUUGGGUCAGUGCACGAGCAUCAUUGGCAGACACACAAUGCUGGGACAUCAGUGCUGGAAACCUGAAGUGGAUCUAUCAAGUUCCCAUUCUGGCAGCCAUUGUUGUGAAUUUCCUCCUGUUUGUCAACAUAAUACGAGUACUGGCAUCUAAACUGUGGGAAACAAACACUGGCAAACUGGACCCUCGACAUCAGUACCAGAAGCUGCUCAAGUCCACAUUGGUCCUCAUGCCCUUGUUUGGAGUUCACUACAUGGUGUUCAUGGCUCUUCCUUACACUGAGGUCACCGGGCUGCUGUGGCAGGUGCAGAUGCAUUAUGAGAUGUUCUUCAACUCUUCCCAGGGCUUUUUUGUGGCAUUUAUCUACUGUUUCUGCAACGGGGAGGUGCAGGCAGAGUUAAAAAAGUUGUGGCUGAGACGUAGCCUUGCUCUGGACCUCAAACAGAAAACCAAAAUGACCAGCAGUGGUGGCGGAGGCAGUUGUUACUAUGGCGGUAUGAUGUCACACACCACCAACAGUAUCAGCCUGUCUGUGACCAAUCCCAGAGCUCUUUCCUUCACUGGAGGUGUGGUGGGCUCAGGUGGAGCUGCUGGCAGUGGGUCAGGGGUCAAACCGCCACACCACAACUCGCUUCAAUCCCAAACCAGUCUGCCUGGUUACGUGCCCAGUAACACUGGUCAACCACAGGAGCUGGCUUUGCGGAGGUCAAGGGGGUCAGAGUCCAGAGUUUUUGCCAGGCAUGCCAGAGCUAGCAAUGGAAACCUUGACUCCAAAAGUCAUGGAGCAUCAUCAGCCCAAAUACCUGGAGAAGAAGAUCCAGACGGCUCCUUGUCUCUGAAAGAGAUGGAAACCAUUAUGUGAUUGUUUUGAUAAAUCUAAAGAUGAACAUAAAUAAAAUGCUGGACCCAUGCAGACCAAGACAGGUGACAAAAAACAUGCUUCAGCUGACCCCAUAGGUUCUCUCUGUAAGUGAUGAGCUGCAUUUGCAAACACAAAGAUGUGAUGGAGUUACUUAUGCUGAUUUUUGACUUCUUCCAAGAUUAACAAUAAACUUUCAAACUCAAUGCACAUUUUUAAAAACCCCUAAAGUGCUCAGAGAAUUGGAUAUUUGCUUAUCCACAGUUCACUGACAGCUGCUGAAACUGUGGGAUAUGAUCAAAAGCUCCAGAACAGCUACUGAGCAGACCCUGUGGUCAAAUCCCAGCUGCUUUCUUCAAGUAACCUCUGCCCUGAAUGUCCUCACAACACCGUCAAGAAUUUCACACAUACUCUCCUCAGGCCUCAGCUCAGAGCUGGAGGCUCCUGAACUGUUUGUAGAUAUCGACAUGAGGCAAACCUUCACCACCAGUCACCAGUGUUUGCAAAAUAAACAGACAAGAAACUGUACCUGUAAAUAUUUUUUCCAGAA